UGAUAUUACUUGGGGAAAGUGAAUCUGAAGCUCUUCUCAACUCAAUGGGUCUUCAGUUUCACCAUCAUGUUUCUUGUGCUACAGGGACUACUAAAGACGUAGCAGAAGAAUCCAUAUCAGAUGAUGACAAAAGGAGGAACUACGGCGGGGUGUACGUAGGCCUGCCGUCGGACGCGGCUGCCAUGGCUCCCAGUCAGACGAAAGCUGCACCCAAAGAAGGAUCCUAAAGCAGAUGCUGACAGUGUAGGUACAUGGUCUUCUGAACAUCUUCUCCACUCUCUGACUGCUCUGUGAAUUCAAAGAAAACAAAACCCUGUUAGGACUAAAAGGCUGUGAUAGAUGCACUUGCAGAGCCCCAGCGCUAUUUUUAGUUUUGAAGAUUAGAAGGAAAUAAAGACAUCAACAUGCAAACAGCCUGAGGCUAUUAAGACCAGUUGCCAGUGCUUUGGAGAGAGCUGUCUUUGUGCUGAAGAUUUUGAUAUUUACACAGCCUUCUGGAAAGCAAGAGAGAUCAGAGCACCAAAAAAUCCAAACUGUUGCAAGUUCCAACUACGGGUAAAGCUUAAAGUACAGCGCUGAAUGCGUUUCCAAUGAUAGUUGCAUUAUGGAAACCUCCUGCUGUUCUCCAUUGAAAGAUGAAAUUAGUGAACUCAUGGUGGAUGUUUCUGCACAAGAGCUAACUUUGAUGAUCUGCAACUUAUUUCUCUGUGGCCAUAUUGCAGAUUCCAUCAGCUAUCAGCUACGCUUCAUAUAUUUCCUCGAACAAGUUUGAUAGAUUUUAUAUAGAAAACCAUCACUACUCUCCACUCAAUAGUUUCUAUGGUAGGUUCCUGUAAAUUAAUUGUUAUUUUACUUCAGAGUAAUAUAUUUGACAAGUUUGCAUCUUUUGGGGAAUAUUGCAAAUUUUAAUAUUUUUUCUGUGAAAUAUUAAAAAUAGGAUGAAACAAGCUUAAGACCUUAAGGUUCUUUAUAAUUAUUACUGUCCCUUUUAUACCAUGAGACAAAUAUUAGUGUUUAAUCUUCACCUUGUAAAAUGAUGUUGCUCAAGGAAAUUGAUUCAAAUAAGAAUGAUAUACUUCAUUGUAUUAUUUACAUGUAUGUUUAUAUUUUACUUUACUUUUAUAAAGCAUUACAUGUAAAAAAAUACUAGCAAAAUAAACUAUUAUGUGUUCCAUUCAAUGUAAUAAUAAUAUGUCCUUGCAUAAGGCUGAAGUGAUGGUAUUUUCAGAGAUAAUGGGAUUAAACUCCAGUGCUGCAUCCUCCUGACCUGUAGAGGAUUUUUGAUCACUGUUAGAGUUUUGUAUCCCUGUCUCAUCUGAAAGCAUCUCCAGUAUGGCAAAUUGAAACAGAAUGAGCAUUAUUACUACUAUAGCAAAUUGUUCAGGUUUUAAAAUUCAUUAAGUUAAUAGCAAUUGUAAGUUUCACAUAGGACACAAAACAGAUUGUACAUUUACAAAUGGCUGAAUAAGUAUUUCAACUAUUAAAGCUUUUUGCAUUA